AAGUAGUAUUUUUUUUUUUUUUUUUUGUAUUGAAUGAAUUACAUUUAACUACUGGUUGGUCGUCCUGAGCAGGUAGGUCAGAUUUUCAGGACUUACUGUAAUGUGCUUUCAGAUAAAUUAACCAGUGGAACAAGGGAGGCCCUGUGGGCUCCUGGCCAGAGCGGGUCUCCUGGAUCUGCAGGCCCAGUGAUUCAGCAGACUUCUCGCCGCGGCUCCAUUACCAGCAUCUCAUCUGUCACAUCUGUGUUGGAGGAGAAAGAUGAGGACCGUGUACGUUGUUGCCAUCACUGCAUGGACACAUUACUCCGGCAACAGCACAAACUGGAGGAAAAAGACCAUGUACCUGAUAUCGUCAAACUCUAUGAGAGGUUAAGGGGUUGUAUGGAGAAAGUUGAAGCUAAAGCUCCAGAGUACAUGCGCAUGGCAGAGUCUCUCAAUGCUGGGGAGACAACCUGUAAUCUAGAGAGUGCUGCGGCACUAAGGAUGGAGAUACAGAAAUACUAUGAGCUCAUUGAUGUUCUGAGUAAGAAGAUACUCACACUCGGACUAAAAGAUGAGGUCCAGCCUCACCCGAAAGCCCUGCAGCUGCAAAGGAUGGUGCGCUACACAGCUACGCUUUUUAUACAGGAGAAACUGUUGGGUCUGACGUCGCUCCCCACCAAGGAGAAAUAUGAGGAGCUUAAAGAGAAGAGAAGAGAGGAGCAGGAGAAAAGGGCACAGCAGGAGAGACAGGCAGGUCUUGAGGCACAAAAACGUCGAAUGGAAAAUGAACAUGACCGACUUUCCCUCGGUGCAAAUGAAAAUGUUUCAGGUCCACGCAUUACCAAAGCUGGUGGCUGGCUGCCACAAUCAGACACUCUACAUACUCGCUCUGAGCUGGAUGACCCUCUCCUGCAACAGAUCAAAAACAUUGAGUCGUUCUUACGGCAGGCGCGCAUUGCAAACCGCACUGAUGAAGUGGCCAUGCUGGAGGAGAAUCUGCGGCAGCUGCAGGAUGAGUUUGACGCUCAGCAGACCAGUCAAGCCAUCCAGCUUUCACAGAGGUUGGCUGAUGAGACAGACCUACAGCAGAGACAAAUCGAACAUCUGCAGCAAAGAGAGCUCGAGUACAGGAACCAAUCCAAAAACUCCUCCUUGGAUUUCAGAGACCGAGAAAUUGUUCAGAAAAGAGAGGAAGAGGAAGGUGACUUCGGAGAACAUUUGAUUGGAAGCCCUGGGUCUUCAAAGUCUUCAUCGCGUCCAUUAGGAAGCUCUCCUCCCUUAGAGAGGCAAAGAGAUAAACAUACACCAGCUCCACCCACCAGAAACCCCUUUGAGGAGGAGCAUUUCUCUCCUGCUGAGGAAGAACCGACAAACUCUCAGACAGCCAAUGGAAGGAAAGUGUACAACCCAUUUGAGGAAGAAAAUGAUGAAGUGGAAGAUACGGAUACAGCUAAAGUGAAGUCACCUAGAAAUCCUUUUGAAGAUGAAGAUAAUGAAGAUCGAGGUAACCCUUUUAAAGAGGUUUCCGAUGAGAUUCCAGCUGCCUCAACCAAUCCAUUUGAUGAUGAAGAUGAUGAAGAUGGAACAUCAGCUGAUGACAUGAUUGAGGAAGAGCUACUUCUACAACAGAUCGAUAAUAUCCGGGCGUAUAUCUUUGACGCCAAGCUAAGCGGACGUUCUGACGAAGUGGAGCUUUUGUCUGAGAACCUGAAGGAGCUGCAACUAACACUACAAGAGCAGAAAAGAAAAAAUAGUGGCCAUCACAAACUCGUUCUGUAAUUGAUGAGGCUUGUUUUCAGUUACAAAUAACAACGUAAGCUAUACUGACGAAUUACACAAAAAUAUAAAACUAAUUUUCUAUGCAAGAAUGCAUAGAAGUAGGACAGUUCGUGAUCAGAACAACUGAAUAUCUGUUUCGUUGAUUUAAAUUUGUAGUUUAAUUUAAAAAAAAAAACAUAA